UUUUUCUCUGUCACAAUAGAGAGGAGACCAUAAACCAAAUGCCAGGAAAAAUAACACAGAUGAGCGCAUUCACAACCAACCCUGAAGGGUAAGAGUGAAAGGGGACCUGACUCAGCAUGAUCAGAUAUGAAUGUGCUGAGUUUUCUGAAAGUUUUCCAGGCUUGAGAAGAGUUCUCCAGAGAGUUUUCCAGGCUCAAGAAAUACUCUGAAAUACACGACCUUGGAAGAACACCGGCCCCAAUUUUGCCAUCUAGUGGAAACCCUUUAGCCUUAAAAAUGGAACCUGAACAUUGUGGAACAGCCACAGGGUGGCAGUCAGAUAUCAUAAGGGCAGGAGGACAUCCCAGAGGAUCAGAAGAGAAGGAUCAGGUCAUGAGAGAGCCUUGGCAAAGGCGUGGAGUGACAGGACAAAGGGGAAUGGCUUCAAACUGAAAAAAGGGAGGUUUAGAUGGGAUAUUGGGAAGAAUUCUUCCCUGUGAGGGUGGUGAGGCCCUGGCACAGGCUGCCCAGAGAAGCUGUGGCUGUCCCUGGAUCCCUGGAAGUGUCCAAGCCUGGGCUGGACUGGGCUUGGAGAAAAAACCUGGGAUAGUGGAAGGUGUCCCUUCCCAUGACAGGGAGAAAAGGAUAUUGUUCCUGAAGAUGUCAGAAGUUCCUAAGGCUUUGAAGAUUAUCCAGUUAAGUGGAAUAUCAUUGGACAAAAGAGGUGGCUUCAACUUGGAAUAAAUGACUUUUUCCAAAUCAGGAAGGAACAUCUUCAGCAGUGGAGCAACUGGGAUUAUAAGAAUGUCAGGGUGAUGUUCAUACAGUUAAGGGUGAUAGGGCAGCUGAAAGAGGAAAACACUGUGGUUUUCCCCUUCCCGACACUCACUCAUUUGGACUUGUUAAUGGUGCAGAUUUGCAGUCCUUGCCCAACUUGGGGAUGUGUUUGCAUCCAUGAUCCCAAAUUCCUGAAGAGUGGAAUGGUGUUCUUUAUGGAAUUCUCCCCGCUUUUAGAAAAGCAGGGGAAAUCAAGCUGGCUGUAGAUCUGCACAGGAUGGAUGAUGAGUGCAGCUGAGCCGCUCUUAAACUGGAGGAUUUGCUGCUUCCCAAGAUACUUUUGUAAGGAACAUAAAGAGAUUUCCUAACAGGUCAGGUGUAGAGGGCAAGUGCAGCAAUGCAACACUGCUCAAUGGGUGGGAAAGGAAGAGGAUUACACCAAAAGAGGUUUCUCUGGGAUUUGCAUCUGCUGCAGGGACUGGUAUUAAACGUUCAGAAAAUGGGGAGAAAUUCCAUCAAGGAUAGUUUUGAAACAGCAGCAAGAAAUGAUACACCCAUGAUAGCUUAUAUGAAAUGCUGGUUAUGAUGGUGCCCCUUAGGCAAAAUUUCCAAAGGUCUGACUGGUCCAUAGUAAUCUCCCUUGGCUUUGCUCACAAGAGCCAGCUUGGCUUUUUGAUUUUUGCAGCUCAUCAUGUAGGCUCUUGUCAGUUUGGUGAUGUUUUUUGUGAGAGAAUAAAAUUGUCAGCGUUCCCUGAGCCAAGUAAAAGAAGAGGCAGUGACUUGAUCAUAACAUGAGAAGUUUUAGAGCAGAGAAUAUUUCAAUCUGUCAGUAAUAAAGAAAUAUUCAGCAGCUGAAGUGUGGAUCAAUACCAGUUCAAGAUACAGUGUAAGUGCAAAUCAGCACCAAGGUUAAUUAGCCCAAUUAGCAGGAGCAGUGCUAGAUUGUCCUCUAAGGGUAAUAUAAAAAUUCAAGAAUAACUCAAUUUUAUAGGUGAUAAUUCCUUGUAUAAUGUUUGCUUUGACUCAGGAAGAGAUCAGGGCAGGCCUGUGGGCAGUAUUAUCCGAAUUAGGUCACCUCCUGCAUAAUAGACCUCUUCAGAUGAGCACUUGCCCAGCACUUAGCUACAGACCAAGAUGGAAUGAUAACUUCUUCUGGCAAGAAGAGAUGUCAAUGUUCUAACAAGUGAGCCUGAAUUCCUUUCCAGGAUCAUCUCCCAGUCGGUUAGGAAAAAGAAACAAGGUGAGGUAAGAAAUGCUGGGUGUUGCCCAAGUAAAAUAAAAGGUGAGUGGAGAUGCUGCAAUGAGCUCAGGCUUUGACAUUUUCUUUGUUUUGUUCCCUCUUCUCCCCUCAUCCAAGAGGAGGACCAGAAACAUGUGAGACUAGAAAGCCAAAGGUAUCUCUGUCUUCAGCAAAUAUCCCAAAGUUACCAGAAUAAAGGAGGAAGUGUAAAAUUAUGGGACUUAGAUCCCUAGCAAAGAGGGGAGAAACAAACUCAUGAGAGCUUUUUUGAGGGAUGAGCGACAACCUGUGAGGCAGACUGGGGAUAGAAAGAGCAGUGAAAAGGUCAUGGAACUAAAAGUAGGAGUUGCUGCUUGUAGCAGCUCUAGCAAUGUAGCGAUUGAAGCGUCAAAGAAAAACUAAAUUUGCAAAAAAAGUAGCAAAAUAUGAAAACGAUGAGUGGUGCCCUUGCUGGGGAUGUAGAAGCUGCAGGCCGAGGGACAUCUCUGAGGCAAAAUGUUUACAUUGCCCUAAGAAUAUACCCCAAAAUAUGUGGCUGAGGAAGGGCAGAGGCAGGUGGUGAAGGCCAGGGAAGGAAUUAUGGCCAAAUAUUGGCUGUGCCGUGUUUAUUGCCGAGGUUGGAAGGCCCAAGGCCCACGGGCAGGCCGGAUGGGGGAAGGUGCUCUGCGUGUAGGCCAUGGAGCCACCGUGGGUGUUUUAAUCCUGGAUUAGGCCACUUUGUUACUAAUUAGGGUUGCACAAACCACCUGUUAAAACAAACUUCGCAGCACGGGCACCUUUUGUGGAAUUUUUCUUCCGUGGAUGCCCAAUUUCAGGCAGCCAGAGCAUUUGGAAGUUUGUAAGCAGUGGGAGCCCUGCGCUGGGCACAGAAAAUGGGACAAAAAAUUCUGCCUGGUCUGAAAAAAAACAACCCAAACAUGCGACAGGGAGAGAACAAAAUGUGUUUGUUACAGGCAUUUAACAGUUUUGUCUUGGAUCACUGUGUGUCUUAUUCUUUGUAACAAUAUAGAGCACUUGGGAGAGGAGAAUUACAGAAUUUAUAACUUUAGAUCAGCUUAAUUUAGAUCUUAAAGCCACGGAAGGGCCCCUGGGAUUCUGAUUUUCACAAAGCUGAAGGGUGCAAAGGGUUUAUUUCCUAGGAAUUGCAAAAAAAAAAAUUAUAUGUGUUUUAAUGCAGUUUAUUGUUCUGUGGGGAGAUUUAGAUGAGAAGGUUCACAGGGCUUAUUACAGAGACUAAUUUUAGCCCUCAUUCUAAUUAACACCUUGGGGGUUUAUUGUUUACUCAUAAAAUGAAAUCAAAAACUGGGAGGGAAAGCGUGGCUUUUCACAGGUGGUGGGUUUUUUUGGUUUUUUUCCCCCUCUUUUGCUAAGGGUGUGAAGAUUAUUUUCACAGAGAGAAAAAAACCCCAAACAAAACAAAACCAAAAACCCCUGUGCUAAUUUACUGUUGAUAUCUGGACUAAGUGAUGAAACACAAAUAAUAAAAAUUUAAAAUAUCUGGGCAAAUGAAACCCCUCAAGGCAGGGUCUCCAUUGCAAAUUUGAUUCUUGUCUGUUAAAAAACCCCUUGGUUUUGCUUUAGGUUUCUCUUUCCAUUUCAGGGGACAUGGUAUUCCUGAGAAGGAAUCUGAGAUGCAGGGUGGUGUUUCAUUAACCCAGAAUAUACUAAAAAAGGGAAAACCUGGUCCUUUUCUCCUCAUGACUGACAUGGUGCCUUUUAAUGGUUUUAUCAAAAGCAGUAAAUUACUGGAUUCUUUUUUCCUUUCCAAAACAAAAUUUUGCCAACUGCAAAAGCUUUUGUUGCUUGAAAAGGUUGCAAAGGUCGUUCUGAAUGCAGCUUUUUUUCCCUGAAUUAUGGAUUCCCCAUUAAGUUUUGUGCGGGAGAUAAAAUAACUUUAAUUAUUUCUAUUUCCCGGCUGUGUUUGGGAAGAGGCACAUCGUAGUCACAGAAGAGGGAGUCUUGAAGGAGAGUCCAUGAAAUCCAGGAAGAAAAACAAGACUCUGUGCACAGGAAUGUGUGUGCUGACUGUGGAUGGAUGCAGGAUGCCUUUGUGGCAUUUCACAACGACAAGUCCCUGGUGAAAAAGUACCUGAAAUCUCUGCUGAUUGGGGAGCUGGCGCCAGAUCAACCCAGCUUUGAGUCUAAUAAAAAGAAAUCCCUCUUGGAGGAUUUUCGCGAGCUGCGCUGCACCAUUGAGAAGAUGGGACUUCUGAGGCCCAAUUAUUUCUUCUUCUUCCUGAUUUUCCUUCACCUCCUGGUGCUGGAGGCUGCAUCCUGGCUCGUGCUCUGGUACUUUGGCAUAUCCCUGGUGCCUUUCGUGGCUGGCAUGGUGUUAUUCACCACUGCCCAGAUCCAAAUGGGCUGGUUCCAGCACGAUCUCGGGCACUGCUCUGUCUUCAGGAAGCCCAGGUGGAAUCACCUCCUGCAGAUCGUGGUGAUAAACGUGCUGAAGGGGCUGCCUGCCAGCUGGUGGAACCACCUGCACAACCAGCACCACGCCAAGCCCAACUGCUUCCGCAAGGACCCCGACCUCAACAUGCACCCUCUGCUCUUCAGCCUGGGAAAGACCCUCUCCGUGGAGCUUGGAAAGCAGAAGAAGAAGUUCAUGCCUUACAAUUACCAGCACAAGUAUUUCAUCUUGCUGGCCCCACUUGCCCUUGUACCCUUCUUCCAGCUGUCAAUAUUCUACUUUGCAAUCAAGAGGAAAAAGUGGUUGGACCUGAUGUUGGUUGUGGCUUUCAACAUCCGAGUGUGCCUCAUGUACAUUCCUUUAAUGGGAUUUAAAAGCUUCAUGGUAUACUACUGGCUGUCCAGGUAUUUUGAGAGUACCUGGUUUAUUUGGGUGUCCCAGAUGAAUCACAUCCCAAUGGACAUUGAUUAUGACAAGAACAAAGACUGGGUGUCUACUCAGCUCCAUGCAACCUGCAACGUGAACCAGUCUGUGUUCAAUGACUGGUUCACUGGGCACCUGAACUUCCAAAUCGAGCACCACCUAUUCCCCACAAUGCCUCGGCACAACUACUGGAAAGUGGCUCCCCUGGUGAAAAGCCUCUGUGACAAGCACGGCAUCGAGUACAAAAGCAAGACUUUGGUGACAGCCUUUGUAGAUAUUUUGCAUUCCCUGAAGGAUUCUGGGGAGCACUGGCUGGAAGCAUAUCUGCAUGGAUAGGAACUGGCAACGUUCCAAGGGAAUCCCUUCACCACAAAACUGCUGCCGAGAGCCAGAACACACCAUCCCUUUGCGUGUCCUCAGGAGCUGGGCAAAUUUCAGUAAGAACGAAAUGGGAAAGUGGCCUCAAGAUACAUUUUUACCUUGUUCCCCACCACAAACCUCUGUUUUUUCCUGCUCUCAAUCUCAGAAUUUGGAGAUGGGCUUUUAAACUUGGGGAGAAGUAGCUUUUGAAUCAGCUUGAUCAGUUCAACUUUAUUGGAAGAGCCACCUCCUUGCUUAUGGACGAAAGGAUAUUCUUCUCCAAGUCAUAGAAUCCUGGAAUGGUUUGGGUUGGAAGGGACCUUAAAGAUCAUCUUGCUCCACCCCCUGCCAAGAGCAGGGACAACUUCCAACUGACCAGAUUGCUCCAAGCCCUGUCCAGCCUGGCCUUGAACAAUUCCAGGGACGGGACAUCCACAGCUUCCCUGGGAAACCUGCUCCAGUACAGCCUCACAAUAAAGAAUUUCUUCCUAACAUCCAAUCUACACACACCCUCAGUCAGUUCAAAACCAUUGUCCCUCAUCCUGUCCCUACAAGUCCUGAUAAAAACUCUCCAUCUUCCUCACAAGCCUCUUUCAGUAUUAAGGUCUCUUUUGUGUUCUUGGCUCAGUGGAUAGGUGAAAAAAUGCAGGAAAAGUGCAGGAAAAAUGCAGGAAGUCAGGAGACACUAGGCACGGGGAAAUUUUUAAGGGAUUUUCUAGAACAGAUCAAAUAAUUUGCAAAGAACAAGGUGGCCUCUGGGGCAUGUCCCCAUCACUUUUGGUCACCUUGCUGUGAGCGUGAAGGGUUGUAAGAGGUUUCUGUUCCUUGGUUGCAUGGGCAGGCGGAUCAGCUGGGGGCUGCUUCCUCCUGCAGCAGCCAGUGUGAGCACAGCUUGUAUGGCAUGUGGUGUCCAUAGCAUAAUUACAUGUCUGGGUUUGAACUGAGUGCUGACUCUGCCGUCAGAUUGCAUCUCUGGUGUAGACCAGCUUUGAAUCAGGCUAAGAAGACAAAGCACUGAGGCAUAGGUCCAGAUUUCAAGGGUAUUUAGGGUACUCUUGCUUUUUAUAUAUAUGUUACAUGUUAUCUAAAAGUUUGCCUCUUGGUGGUUUAGUACAAUUAGUUUUACAAGAGAAUCAUGAAUAAAGUUCUUGAUUGUGAUUUUUAGAUUGAAGUCAAAGCCUCUUUUAGAAGGAGCUCUGAUUUAUCUUGCUGAUUUUGAAAAACAAUUAUGAUUCAGUGACGUUUCCUAAUGCCACUUACAGCAAAUAUAUUCCAUUACGGCACUGGCAGAACUCAUGUGGUACUGUACUCACCUCACUGACAGCAAGUAAGCAUUCCCAAAUCCAGGGCUGGUUAUAAUGGUGAUAUCCAUAAUUAUUUGCAAAACUGAAACACUAUAUAAUUAUUUAAGGGAUAAUACAUCAUUAAGAUGAACGCAGGGAUUUCAUGGUACUACAUAAAGACAAUUUAAAAUUGCUGUCCUGCUGAAGGUAAUAUAAACAUUAAGGAUUCCUCCUUUUUUUUUACCAGUGAGACUUGAAAGCUGUGCUGAUCCUGUGUCCCAGUAAAAUCAAUACAAGGCUGAAUGGAAAGGGUUGUUUGUGGUGUCAAUCUCAUAAAUUAAACUGAUCAUUUGUAAUGUUUAAUUAGAAUUCUGCGUAUUUGAAUGUCAUUAUUUAUUGAUUCUUUUUUCAAUCUGGU